AUGUACCAGUAUUCAAUGCUGGUACAUGUAUGCCAAACAGGAAUGCCAACUGAUCUGGCCACGCGUACACAUGUCGGGAAGGCGCUCGUAGUUGCAAUGGAAAGCGCUCUCAAGUGCAAUGGCAGGCGCAGCUCGUACUUCCGUGCUCUCGAGGUAGUGUGCUGGCAUAGGGCAGACUGCGGACUCGCGUCCCCGACAGGCAUCUUGCCUGAACACGUGCAGGGCGCAGAGGUUCCCGUCUACACGAGAGUGAAGACAGACCCUUUGUUUCAGGUUCCCGGUCAGCGGGAGCUAUCAAGUAUAAUAAUUAGUUCGAAGGUCCGAGAUGACGAUGAUGAUGAUAUUGAUGACGAUGAUGCCGAUGAGAUGGUGAUGAGCACAGUAUCUCAACUGCCACCUCACACGGACAACGUCUACCUAGUGAAGACCGUGCCUGCCGACGGGUCUGGAAUCCACGCCACGCCAAGUACCUUACCUUACGGUACCUUACAAAGUGCCUCCCAACCUACCUUAGCCAGACACACCUUAACCAUUCCUUGCCCGCCCGCUGCUCUCAACUCUCUCCACGACACAAACACAAACACCAACAAAGCACUUCCUUUGCCGAUACGUCUGCCCGCAGCUCUCACCACCGCCAUCUUCGCACUGCCUUGCUACCGCACGCUCCCCUCCCACAGCCACCGAGGCCUCCAUACCGCCAUUCUGGCGCCGCUCCUAUUCUUACCACAUCGCAACCGGUCUUCCGACACCGCCGCCAAACUGUCUUCCACAUUACUCCAGUCGCGGGGCGGCAUCACCUUCGCGGAGGGAGUCAACACAGCCCCGCCACCGUGCGUGCAGACCGCCGAGCGCAGGAUGAACACCAGUAGUAAGGACAAGGAUCAACAGAGGCGGCGGAGAAGUAGCAGUUUGAUGUAUCAUGAGCCUCCGGAGAGUCUCGAGCAACAGUCAGAUCAGGCCGUGCUGCCCAACCUGAACGCUCAGUGGGUGAAUGCGAAGGGCGCAUGGAUGAUUCACAUCAUUCUCAUCCUCCUGUUGAAGAUUGUCUACGAUAUCGUGCCGUCCAUCACCCAAGAAACGUCGUGGACUAUGGUCAACAUCACAUACAUGGCUGGAUCAUACCUCAUGUUCCACUAUGUGCGAGGCAUCCCUUUCGAGUUCAACGCUGGAGCCUAUGAUAAUCUGAACAUGUGGGAACAAAUCGACAACGAAGACCAAUACACGCCCGCAAAGAAGUUUUUACUGGCGAUGCCGAUCGGACUGUUCCUGAUCAGCACACAUUACACGCAUUACGACCUGGCAUACUUUAUGAUCAACUUUCUCGCGACGUUAGCGGUGGUGGUACCGAAGCUACCAGCGUUCCAUCGCAUGCGCCUCGCGGUCUUCAAUUCACCUCCCGGGUCAUCAGAAGGAGACAGAUAGCAGAACCGGGCGAGGUGCAGCAGGAGUGCUUCCGGCACACGGCGUUUUGGGAUGGGAAAAUUGAUCAAGGAUCACACCACAGCGGACUUGUACUCAUAUGUCAGAACAUCUGUCUGGCGCUUUAGCGACCUUGCGCUCCUUUGAGAUACCAUUACCACAUCGGUAGAGGGCACUAGUAUCGCGAACGAGGCGAAUGCCGCCGUCCACUUGUAUGGGCAAAUGUCUUGACGGAGAACCUCAUAUGAAACCUGUUCAAUUCUCACUGAAAGGGUGCAUGCUAUCUAUGUAGUCCACAUCUUUCUUGUCUUGGAACGAAACUUGGGGCAGACGUGCGGGCGGCAUGAGGCGGAAUUGAUGUGAGAGAUGACUCGGAUGGUGAGCCGAACAUGAAUGUCAGCCUCCACAGUCUCCAGUCUCCACUGACCUACGUGGCGUGGCUGUGAAACUCGUAUAAAGUGGUAUAAUU